AUGGAGAACAGUUCUUCUCUAGCAGUUGCAGCACCUGCCGGAGCGCGGUCCAUUGAGGAAGAUACCUUCAAACAAGGGGGGUUUGUGAACCUAGCAGAAGCUGAGCCUGACCAGUCAUCUCAGUCACUGUUUUCAUUCUUUCGCCGACACCACACCAAGAAUGACCCCGAUGCCACCGCUACAGCUCGCAGCGUGUUCGAUGAUCCAGUGUUGGGAAAGUUCUACGCGCCGCAUCCUGGAUACGAGAAUCUGCACCGCUUCGAUCCACAGGUAAGAUGGACAUACGCCGAAGAAGCCCGGGUCAGGCGAAAGACCGACUGGAGAAUUCUCCUCUGGAUUCUAGUCAUGUUCUUCGGUCUUAAUCUCGACAGAGGUAAUUUGGGAAAUGCCGCUGCCGAUAAUCUACUUGACGAUCUGAACUUGACAACCGACGACUAUAACAACGCGCAAAACAUGUACCGUAUUGGAUUCUUGAUUGCGGAGAUUCCAUCCCAGAUGAUUGGGAAGAGACUUGGACCGGAUCGGUGGAUCCCUGUUCAAAUCAUCCUUUGGAGCCUAGCCUCAGAAUCGGGCUGGUUUCUUCGCUUGCCGCUUCUUACUCGGAUUCUUUAUGGGGGGUUCAUCCCGGACUCCAUUCUCUACCUGUCCUACUUCUACACAAAAACUGAAAUGCCAUUCCGGCUUGCAUUGUUUUGGUUUACUGACUCCAUAUCCGGUGUCAUUGCGUCUUUCAUUGCGUAUGGUGUAUUGCACAUGCGUGGUGUAGAUGGGCGCGAAGGCUGGAGGUGGUUGUUUUUAAUUGAGGCGCUCAUUAGUCUUGUCAUCGGGUUUCUGAGUUUCCUCUUCUUGGUACCCGGUCCAACGCAAACCAAGACAUGGUGGAAUCCAAAGGGGAUUUUCAAUGAGCGAGAGGAGUCCAUCAUUGUCAAUCGCGUCCUACGCGACGAUCCUUCCAAAGGCGAUAUGCAUAAUCGACAAGCACUUACCCUCGGUAUGCUCUGGCAGAGUUUGAAGGACUUUGAUCUAUGGCCCAUCUACGUUCUUGGAAUCCUUUUCGAAAUUCCCACGUCCCCUCCGAAGACAUACCUUACCCUUUCGCUUACCGGCAUCGGAUUUACGACUUUCCAGACAACGCUCCUGUCAAUCCCCGUGACUGUCUUCGCAGCGAUAAAUCUGCUAUUGAUUACUGAACUAAGUGUGCGCGUGAAACAAAUUUCCCUUGUGGGACUCCUUGCCCAGCUAUGGUCCCUUCCGCUCCUCAUCGUCUUGUAUACGUCAGCGGGAACACUGUCCAACUGGGGCCUAUAUGGUGUCACGUUUGUUCUGUUGGGCUGGCCUAAUCCACAGGCUGCGCAAGUGGGAUGGUGCUCCCGCUUGAGUAACUCCGUUCGAACCAGAGCUGUCAGUGCCGCUCUGUUUAACAUAAUGAUCCAGCUUUCUGGGAUCGCUUCUUCAAACAUCUACCGAUCCGACGAUAAGCCCCUAUAUCGCCGAGGCAACAGCCAACUGAUCGCAAUCAAUGUCGCUACUAUUAUAGCAUACGCCCUUGCUAAGGUCUAUUAUGUUAGCAGGAACCGUUGGAAGAAGGCGCAGUGGGAUAGAAUGAACCAAGAAGAGAGGGCCGCCUAUUUGGAGACUACUUCUGAUGAGGGAAAUAAGCGCCUAGACUUUUAUUUUGAUAGCUAG